AUGGCAGAAUCUUUACCCCAGCCUUCCUUCUCCCCAGGUGUCAAGCGGACGUACGAUGGCACACCAGUCGCGUCUGGUCUCGAACUUACUCCUCAACCUACAAUACACUCAUCGACACGCGACGUUUCACCUGCGCCUAGCGGUGCCAGCUCGCCGCUGAGCGAGUUGACUGCUACAACGCCACAGCGCCCCGCUACCAUCGAUCCAUUGACACCAUCCGCCAAAAAGCCUAAGCUUACGUUUGCCGAGAGACAAGUCGAGCAAGCUGUCCAACGUGUGAUCAAGGAAGAGAAGUCCAAGCAGAAGGCGGAGGAGAAAGCUCGGAAGGAUGAGGGGAAACGCCGGAAAGCGGAAGAGAGAGAGGCAGCUAAGCGACAGAAGGAGAUUGAGAAGGCGCAGAAGGAGGCGGAAAAAGAGGCAAAGAAGAAGGCCAGAGAGACUGAGAAAGCGCUCAAGGACGCCGAAAAGGCAGCGAAAGAUGCUGAGAAGGCCGCUGCUCACGCUCAGAAGGAGGCCGAGAAGUUGAAAAGGGAAAAGGCGCAACCGCGUAUUGGUGCUUUCUUCAACCGACCAGCGGCAGCCUCAACGCCCCCAACUACCCCAGACGAUGUAUCUGUUGGCGUAUCGAGCAGGAGGUCCUCGAUAGCCUCGAUCGACAUGGAGAAGCCGGAAGACCAGUCGUCACCAACGAAGGAAAACUCGGAGUUUUCGAAAUGGAUUUUACCAUUCUUUGUCAUGGAGCAUACUGAGCUUGCGCCGAAUAAUCGCUUCAUACACCCCAACGAACACCAGGGCCCAGACCUCGCUUGGUUGAAAGGCCAGAACGAGACUGUUGGACCACAACGACUGUUCAGACCACGGAACGUCCACCUCAGACAAGCCGUGCCGGUAAAAAAGAUGGUUGCCAAGGUCAAUGGUAGCGAGGAUGAGCCAAUUGACUUGACAGCUGGCUACUCCGGUAUGGCGGUGUCUCAAAGUCUGAGGAAAGUCAAGUACAAGGUCCUUCACUUCCGAGAAGACAUCAGACCUCCGUAUCAAGGAACCUACACUCGAGCAGUAUCCCCGCGUUCGGCUCGGAAACUCUCACGCAACCCAACUCAUCGCGGAUUGCCUGAAACAGAUUACGACUACGACAGCGAAGCUGAGUGGCAGGAGCCGGAGCCAGACGACGAGGACCUCGAAGGCGAUGAUGACUUGUCUGAAGAGGAGGAUGCCGCUGACGAAAUGGACGACUUCUUGGACGACGAAGCUGACACAGGAAAGCGCUUGGUGGCGACAUCUGACGUCGAGCCAAUCUCGACUGGGCUAUGCUGGGAGGGUCAAACCGACACUGCUGUCGCUGGCUUUGAAUUGGGCGCGUAUCGAAUGCAGCUUAUGCACGAUAACCAAUGCGUUCCUAUCGACCCCUACUCAUCCACUCAUUGGAAUGGUCCCAUGAAAGCGGACAAAAAGAGCCUGGACGGAGCUGCUGACACCGACAGCUCUAUGCAACCACCAAGAGUGCCACUGGCGAACGUCAGUGUCAAUAGCAGUGCUUCGCCGCUCCUCGCCUUUGUGAAGGGUGCCGACCUGAAGCAAAAGGAGAAUGCGUCAGUGGCUGCAGCGAGAGGACGACCCCGGAACCCCGAUAAACCCCUGAAGACGAUCCCAGACGACAUUUUACCCGCGUUCAAGACGGCGAUUGAAGGGUCGGACCUCAACAAGAUUGCGUUGGUCGAGAUUCUCAAGAAGCAGUUCCCGAAGUGCAGCAAGGAUGCUAUCAAAGGAAGCCUCGACCAGGUUGCUAUCAGAAUGGGGGUCAAAGAGGCGGCUAAGCGAUGGGUUCUGCGUUAA